UGAAGUAUGUGAAGAGAAAUUUUCCAUUACGAUUUGCUACGAAGAAGAAGAAGAAGUACGAACAUGGAUCUUCUGUGCAACGCAUAUUCCAAUACCUCAGACGACGACGACGACGAAGAACAGCCAAAACGACAGAGACUAUCACUCUCUUCCUCUAACCCGCCAAAACCACGUCUUCACUUUUCUUCCCCUCCGUUAUUCGACCACCAAACGCAGCCUCCAAUUCCCGGACGAUACGUUUCAAAACGACAACGCGCAUUGAUGGCUCAAACCCCUCCUUCUCCUCCUCCUCCUCAACCCGUUCCUGUUCCAUCUCGGUUCACGCUAUCUGGUUCUGUGCUUAUGCAACAAUUGUUUGGCAUGACCACUAUCUUAGUUAGGGAUGGCAAUGGGAGGUCUCUUCUCCACCCGCCGGAUAAAAAUCUAUCCCAUAUCUGCAUAGGGAGUCUCUCGGAUGCUGAUGUACCCCAUAAUAUUUUAUCAUUGUUGAAAAGUAAAGCAAAGGGUCAUCAAAGGCCAACCCUGAUGUCUGAAAAACUAUAUGCAACUCUACAGGGGCAUACAAAAGCUGUCAGUGCUAUACAUUGGUCAUCAACUCAUGCUCAUCUCCUUGCAUCUGCUGGGAUGGAUCAUACUAUUUGCAUAUGGAAUGUGUGGAGCAGAAAUCAGAAGAAAGCAUGUGUUCUAAACUUCCACAAUGCAGCAGUCAAAGAUGUGAAAUGGUCUCAACAAGGGCACUUUCUACUUUCUUGUGGAUAUGAUUGCACAUCAAGGUUGAUCGAUGUUGAAAAGGGAGUGGAGACUCAGGUUUUCAGAGAAGAUCAAAUUGUUGGAGUUUUGAAGUUUCAUCCAGACAAUUCAAAUCUCUUCCUUUCUGGAGGGACAAAGGGCAAUAUCAAACUAUGGGAUGUCAGAACUGGCAAAGUAGUGCAUAAUUAUAAUCGAAAUUUAGGUCCAAUUCUGGAUGUGGAGUUUACAUUGACCGGGAAGGAAUUCAUUUCUUCUAGUGAUGUAUCACAGAGUAAUAUCAGUGAGAACGCAAUUAUUGUUUGGGAUGUGUCUAGACAGGUACCAUUGUCUAAUCAGGUUUAUGCGGAAGCUUUUACAUGUCCCUGUGUGAGGCGCCACCCUUUUGAUUCGACUUUCGUUGCCCAAUCAAAUGGGAAUUAUGUUGCAAUCUUUACUACCACCCCACCUUACAGACUCAACAAAUAUAAGCGAUAUGAGAGUCAUGCGGUCUCUGGGUUCCCAAUCAAGUGCAAUUUCAGUUUGGAUGGGAAAAAACUUGCUUCUGGCUCUUCAGAUGGUUCUAUCUACCUUUAUGAUUAUCAGUCAUCCAAAGUUGUGAAGAAAAUAAAGGCCCAUGACGAAGCUUGCAUAGAUGUUGCCUUCCACCCGGUUAUACCUAAUGUUAUUGCUUCAUGUUCAUGGGAUGGAAGUAUUUUGGUAGUUGAGUAGUGUUACCCAUUACGUUAUCAUUCCAAUUCAAGGGUAAUUUUCUCAAAAGCACGCAUUUGGUUACUACUAGAAAAUGACUUGCUAAAGAAAUAGGAAUCUGAGUUGAAAAUUCCAGCUUUCUCUUGAUCUAGGCUGCUGUUUCUAGUUUGUUACAUACUGUGUGAAUAAUGAAACCUUCUCCCGCAAAUCAAAAUGUUUGCCUAAAUGUGUGCCUUUUACUGUUGCACUGUUGAUUUAAUGUUC